AUGCCAGGGGUGGAUUCAUUUGUGGUCCAGCACCGCUUAAAUGUUGAUCCAAAAUGUAAGCCAAUCAUUCAAAAAAGUCGGCGGUUAGCCCCGGAGCAUUCUUCGGCUGUUGUUGAAGAGGUUGACCGAUUGUUGGAGGGUGGGGAAAUUUGCGAAGUAAUCUAUCCUACAUGGUUGUCCAAUACCAUGGUUGUAAAGAAGAAUAAAGGAUCUUGGCACUUGAAAGGUGAUUAUGCAGCUAAAAAUGACCGCAUUGCAGCCUAUAUGACAAUGGUGAAUUCCUUGCUCGCGAAAUUCGACCACUACGAAUUGAAUCAAAUAACCCAAGAUCAGAAUACGCAUGCGGAUGCCCUUGCUUUCCUAGCCUCUGCCAUCAAUUCAGAAAUCAAACGGACAAUCGAAGUAGGAUUCAUUCCUGAGCCGAGCAUUACCUCUUCUGAACUAGUUCAGAUUAAUGUCAUUGAACCAGAACCAAGUUGGAUAGACCCUAUCGUUGCAUUCCUUUCCUCAGAACAACUCCCAAUGGAAAAGAAGGAAGCCCACAAACUGCGAAAUAAAGCCCUGAGAUACUACUUGGACCCGCAAGGAAAGCUUUACAAAAAAUCCUUCUCUGGACUGUACUUAAAAUGUGUUCACCCAGAUAAAGUUGAGGAACUCUUAACUGAAAUACAUGAAGCUGAGGAGUUAAACUCUAUCACCAGUCCUUGGCCGUUCGCUCAAUGGGGACUCAAUAUUGUCAGACCACUACCACGAGCUCCAGGAAACAAGCGAUUCCUGAUUGUCACUACAGAUUAUUUUACAAAAUGGGUUAAAGUAGAGACAUUAACACAUAUUCAAGAUAUUGAUAUUAAGCGUUUUGUAUGGAAAAACAUCAUAACACGAUUCGGCAUACCAAGAGCACUCAUCUCAGACAACGGCACCCAAUUUGAUUGUGGUGUCUACCGAGAAUUAUGCAACACAUAUGGUAUCCAGCCUUACUUUUCCUUGCCAGCAUAUCCACAAAGCAAUGGUCAAGCAGAGGCGUCCAAUAAAGUCAUCCUAGACGGCAUCAAGAAAAGGUUGGAAAAAGCUAAAGAGAUCGACCUACCUACGAUGAAAUCCAAGGCUUUUGACAUGGGCCGUAAUGACAUGAUGUUGGCCUUAGACUUGACUCUGAUUGAAGAGCGCCGAGAUUGUGCCCUUGCUUGCAUGGGGCGGUAUCAGCAACAGCUUGCUAAAUCAUAUAAUCAACACGUGCAAUUGCAUCGUUAUACGCCUAGAGAAUUGGUCCUCAAGAAAGUACUUCCUGCUACUAAGAAUCCGGCAGAUGGAAAAUUAGGCCCCAACUGGGACAGCCCUUAUCAGGUUGAUUCAAUCACCAGAAUUGGGGCAUAUCGGCUCAAAGACAUGACUGGGAGAAGUUUGCCACGCCCCUGGAAUUCCACACAUUUGCGCAAAUUUUAUCACUUAGCCACUUGUACGGCACGCUAG